AUGGCUUAUCUGUCUUUUCUUCUUGUUUGGUUCCUUGUAUUUGAGGGUGAAAUGAUGUCAAUAGGAAGCAACUUACAUAAGGGGCACAUGAAAAUGGAAGAGGAGGAAUUGUUGGCAUUGUUUGAAGUGAUGGAUGCUAUUCUGGAAGACCCUGACUGGGCCCAAGCACAUCCACAGCCAUGUACAGACACUCCAUGGCCAGGUGUUGAAUGUGAAGUUAGCAGUGACAAUGACACACCAAUCUUUCAUGUCACAAAGAUCCACAUUGGUCCUGAUAUUCUCUCCCCACCUUGUAAACCCUCUGCUUACCUACCAGAGUCCUUGUUAAAACUCAAUUAUAUGAAAACCCUUUCAAUUUUUAACUGUUUUGUUGCUUCUCCAGUCACUCUACCCAAAACUCUCUUUGGUCCUUUCUCUUCCUUAGAACACCUUGCUUUGGAAUCUAAUCCAACCCUCUCUGGAGAAAUACCUCCAAGUUUGGGAGAUGUUGCUAGUCUUAGGGUCCUGAGCCUGUCCCAAAACAGCUUACAAGGAAACAUCCCAAGCCAAAUUGGUGGUUUGGUUUGUCUAGAGCAACUUGACCUUAGUUAUAACAACUUAAGUGGUCAAAUCCCCAAGGAAAUUGGAGGUCUGAAAAGCAUGACAAUUUUGGACCUCAGUUGCAAUAUAAUUGAAGGGAUUCUGCCUUAUUCUCUUGGACAACUUCAACUUCUCCAGAAGAUGGAUUUACAUUCUAACAAGCUUAUUGGAAAAAUACCUCCUACUUUAGGAAAUCUCAAGAGGUUAGUCUUGCUUGAUUUGAGUCAAAAUUUCAUUGUUGGGACUAUUCAUGAAAGCCUGUCAAGUUUGGAACAUUUAGAAUAUUUACUCAUUGAUGACAACCCCAUUAAAGGAGAGAUACCCCAGUUCAUAGGGAAGCUCAGGAAGCUCAAAUAUGUGAGCUUAUCAGGGUGUGGAUUCAAUGGCCCCAUACCCAACUCUCUCUCUUCCUUAAAGAACCUUACAGCUCUCUCCCUAGGUAAUAAUAGCCUCAGUGGGCCAGUUCCACCAUAUUUGAGUUCACUCCCAAACUUAGACCAACUGAAUAUCAGCCACAAUAGGCUGAGUGGUGUUCUACAGCUCCCUGAUGAUUUCAUUGGAAAGUUAGGUAAAAGGUUGGAUUUAAGAGGAAACAGUGAGCUCUGCAUCAGUGAUCAGCCAAACAGGAAGAACCUCUCUUCAUACUUGGAAAUUCCCUCUUGUUUGAACAUGAGACAGAUAAAUGGCAAUUCUUUUGCUGAUGGACCACUUGAAGGCCCUUCAGAGAUAAAGCCAUCUUGGCACGAUAGCAACAUAAGUUCAUCAAGUUCAUCAUGGAUGGGUGAUCCACAAGUCAUCCUAUUUACCUUGGUUUUAAACUUGGUUAUCUGA